GCCCCGGCUGCUCCGCUCAGCGCCCCGAACCCCGCCCGGGCCCCGCUCCGCAAGGUCCCGCUCCCUCCGCGCCCCGAACCCCGCCCGGCCCCCGCUCCGCGCUCUGAACCCCGCCCGGGCCCCGCUCCGCAAGGUCCCGGCUCCGCUCCGCGCCCCGAACCCUGCCCGGCCCCCGCUCCGCAAGGUUCCGGCUCCGCUCCGCGCUCCGAACCCCGCCCGGGUCCCUCCUCCGGGCCCCGCUCCCUCCCCGGGGGCGGCGGGCGCGCCAUGAGCUCGCUGCGGCUCCUCGUCCCGCGCUGGUGCCGCGGUACCUGCUCGGCCGUGCUGCGGGCGCGGGGCGCGGCCCCCGGGGGUGGCUCCGGGCCGGCCCCGCUCCUGCCCCGGCCCCCCGGCCAGGCCCUGCCGGCACGGCUGUGCAGCUCCUCGCAGCCCUCCUGCAAACUGCCCGGGAGCGGCCCCAGGGACGUCGCUGCUGGCAGCUGCACUGCAGCCCCUGAGGAGGAGGAGGAAGAGGAUGAUGAUGAAGGCGUGGAGUUCGGGACGCUGUCUGAUAAGUUUUCCUCUAGAAAGUAUUACCACAAGGCCUCAUCACGCUUUUGGGAUUCAAAGCUUCAAGAAGAAGGAGAGGAAGAACCAGAAAGGAAACCUCGACGCGGCCCGAAGAACACCCCGUACUGGUACUUCCUACGGUGCAAGGCCCUCAUCAAAGAGGACAAGCUGGCAGAGGCUCUGGAGCUGUUUGAGGUGCAGAUGCUGAAGGAGGAGCGUGUCCAGCCAGAGGAAAGCAAUUACACCGUUCUCAUCGGUGGCUGUGGCAGGGUUGGCUACGUGAAGAAGGCAUUCAGGCUGUACAAUGACGUGAGUUUAAGUUCUCUCUCUCAAAACAUUUUCCCAAGCUAA